AUGGAAAAUCUAUCGACUACUACUGAAUAUGACUAUGAGGAAGAAGCGGAAAAGAUUCUGUUGUCCCUUCUUCAGAUGUACCUCGCUAUCAUUGUUGUAGCGGUGAACCUCUCGAUAUCUUGCUACCAGCUAGGAAUGUCGGCUAACCGCUUCUUCGCUAUGGCGUUUAAUGGGCGCUUCUAUAGCUGCGUCUCGAGCGCCGAGAUCCUGCAGCUUGUCGGCCUGAUGGUCUUUCCCUUUUUAUUCUGCGCCCCAAUCAACCUGGCCGUAUGCACCGCAAGCUACCAGAAUCUGGCUUUCACCUAUGGUUUGGACGACUCUUGUGGUUGGUAUCUAAAGUUGCUCAAUUUUAUGCCUUAUGUGCUGAUGGCGCCCUCUAUUGGCCUCGAUAUUUUUGUUUUUGUAAAGCUGCGAAAAAUGGCGCGAUCCGGUCAACCCGGUCAAAGAGAGGAUCGGGCUGGGAAACGACUAUGUAAACAGCGCCCCGGACAAGGAGAGGAUAAGCUGAUGAAGCGGUUGCAUCGACAGCUGAUCCUGAAUCACGUGUCAACGCUAAUUGCCAUGGCGGCAAGCACUGCGGUGGCCGAGUUGAUGGUUGAUAAUGAGGUCUUCAAAACAUUCCUCACCGAAAGCAUCUACAUGCCAAUGCUCACCACCCUUCAGGGGGUCGUCCUGAUCUGGUUCUUUGGCAGUUUCCCGGGCUGCAGGCACCUUCCGAAAACCGUGAGCCGAGAAGCUUCCACGAGGAAUACGCACGCUCCGUUGCCAAUUUCGGUCCGGCAUACGGCA